CCAGUAAGAGUCAAGAGAGAACUAUUUAAAGAGCGAGGCCCGGGUUCUGUAGACAAACAUCUUCCAAUCAGAGAGAGCCUCAAAAUAUCGCGCGGUGUGGGAUGUCGUGCAGGACCGUUCUUGGUUCCAUGCUCCUCUUCGAGCCAUGGCGCCGCCCCCUCCACCGCCCCUUCCCCUUCCCCUUCGCCUUUUUCCCUUUUCCUCCUGCUUCUAGGUCUAGGUUUCGGCCCAUUGGCUCCUCGCUUCGUUGCUCCAGUGGCGACGCCUCCUCCACCGCGCCUGAUGACCAGGGCCCUCCCCAAGAGGCCGUCCUCAAGGCCAUCUCUGAAGUAUCAAAGUCUGAAGGGCGGGUUGCACAAACCACAAACGUCGUUAUUGGUGGUACUGUGACUGAUGAUGCCACUGAUGAAUGGCUUGUUUUAGAUCAGAAGGUUAAUUCAUAUCCAAUGACAAGAGGGUUUACAGCGAUAGGCACAGGAGGUGAUGAUUUUGUCCAAGCUAUGGUUGUUGCUGUUGAAUCUGUACUUCAGCAACCAAUUCCAGAGGGUCGCGUUACUCAAAAACUAUCUUCUGGAGGCAAAUACGUGUCUGUAAAUAUUGGACCUAUUCAAGUCGUUUCCAGUGAACAGGUUCAAGCUGUUUAUAAUGCCAUGAGGAGGGAUGAUCGGAUGAAAUAUUUUUUAUAGGCCAUCACACAUUCCAUUGAACAAAGAAAAGCUUGCUGAGUUCUACAUCAGAGUGUUCCCUAAUAGCACACUCUUCAGAUUCUAGGUACAUUUCAUUUCUCUGCCAUCUUAUAUUAUAACCUGUUGUCAAUGCUUUAAGGUGUCAGAUAUAUUAUUAUAAAUUAAAUGUGCCAUCAUCAAGCUAAUUACAAACCCUUGGUCGUCUGAUGAUUUGUAAAGAGAUGUUCUCUUUGAUCACUAACCCUUGUGUUCAUUAUGUUAGGGUUGAGAGUGCUAAUUUAAAAUGUACUUUUACCGUGAGCACUUGCUUUUUAUUUAUUAUUAGAUAUAUAUUGUUUUUAAAGAAAAUCA